ACGAUUGCGGACGAUUGCGUGCUCCGAAUAUUUAUUUGUUAUUAAUAUUAUUGUCAAUUAUGUUCCUUUGUGUUCUCUUUGCAAAAUGUGAGCCACAAUCAUAGUGACCUAUUUGUGCUUGCGCAAUAUUACGAAAUAUACGCUAACUAUACGCACGUUAGAUUUAUACAAUAAACUGAUAAGUUUUAAAGUUUACACUAGUCAAUCGCAGUACCAGAAAGCCAAAUGGGUAACGGAAAUGGAAAGUUAAAAAGCAAGCUCAAUCUCCUUACAAACGACGAAAUUAAGGUAGUUCAAACAUCAUUCAAACACAUUAGCAAAAACACUUCGAAAAUAAAAGAUGAUGAUUUAGUUAGAAUUUGGAGUACACAAAUUGAUCCUAAACUUUGUAAAUAUGUAUCCAAUUACUUAUUUGGAACUGGAGAACGUAAAACCCAUUUGACUAAUUUUGAAAAUUUUGCUGAACUGUUUGUGUACUCAGUAAGAGGAACACCUGAAGAAAGAGUAUCUGUUUUUCUGGAAAGUUUAGAUCAUGCAGAUGAAGAAGCUGAAGUGCCAUAUCCACUUAUUAAAGAGUAUGCUGAGUGCAUUGUAUCAAGUUAUGUUAAAGUGCUAAAAAUUCAGAAUAGUCCUGGUUACCAUUCCUGGUCAGCCGGUGGUUUUAGUAUUCACAAUGAAUGUUUACUCAGAUUUGGCGAAGGAUUGGCACAUACAAUUGGAAAUCCAAGAAAUGGAAUUCGACAUGCGGAUCUAUUUAAAUGGUUCAAUCAUAGUCCCACUAUAAUAAAAAUGAUGUCACAUAUUUUCACUCACGUGUACAAUUACAUCGAACAUGGAUCAGGCUCAUCUCAACCAAAUAAAUCAAAUUCUAUGACAAGCACACAUAGCCGUCGGAAAAGUAGUUUUAGCAGCUUUGUUAAUCUUCAUGCAUUUAAUACUGAUAUGUUGCCUUUGUGUAGUGGAUUGAGGAUUGUUCCUGAUUAUACACCAAUCAUUGACAUAGCUCAAUUAUUAUUUAUUAGCAGUAACUUACCAAUUGAGUGCCAAAGAGAAUGGAGAUUCUUAUUUUCUAGUCGUGUUCAUGGAAACAGUUUUAACACAUUACUAGGGCGAAUAUUAGAGCAAGGGCCAACAGUAUUAAUAGUUGAAGAUGAGGAUGGUCAUAUUUUUGGAGGCUUUGCCACAGAUUCAUGGGUGGUUGGACCUCGUUUUUUUGGUAAAAACACUAGUUUCUUAUUUACCUUAGCACCUCAGAUGAGGAUUUAUGCUUCAACAAGCUAUAACGAUCAUUAUCAGUAUUUAAACACAUUUCAACAGACAAUGCCUAAUGGAUUAGGAAUGGGUGGUCAAUUUAACUUUUGGGGAUUCUUUUUGUCUAAUGAUUACGGAAUUGGACAAAGCUGUGAGUCAUGUACAACAUAUAAAGAUUAUCAACAAUUAUCAAAAUCCAAAGAUUUUAAAAUUAAGAAUUUAGAAGUUUGGGCAGUGGACGAAGAACCAUUGUCAGCUGAAGAAUUGGGUGAACGUUCUGAUAAAAAAAAAGGUAAAAGUGUAUUGAUGGGAAAUGAGGAAAAUAAAGCAAUCUUGGAGAUGGCUGGACGUCAACAUUAUUCUGAUGGUCUUGUGGAAGAUCCUGACUGUGUUUGAUUACAGUAACAUAUAAUGUUAAGUAAUAAAGUUUCUUUAUGGUGACACUUUUAUUAAUUCAUUUAUAUUUAUUAUUUAAUUUCAAAUGUGCUAGUUGUAAAAAUUGGUGAUUCAAAGUCUGUUAUAGCAAACGUCAAGAUUGUUAUGUGUGUAAUAGUGUUGUGAAACCAGUAAUGCCGUGUUUAGUACCACUU